GUUGAAAAAAAUUCCAGAACAAAAAACGUUAUCAUCAAGGCAAUCAAAAAUAAAUGAAUUUAUUGGAAGACCACUUCGUCCUAAUGAAGAAACAAUUUUCAAUAAAUUAUUGUUAAAAAUGACAAUAUCUAAUGGCUGGUCCUUUCAUUGGACUGAAAAUGAAGAAACUAUAGAAUUUUUUAAAUUUUUAUCACCUUGUGUAAAAUUACCAAGUAGGAAAAAAUUAUCAAAUGAUGUCUUGAAGAAUUUUUCUCAAGAUAUACAACAAGUAAUUGAAACAGCAGCAAAAGAAGACCAACAAGGUGUAACUAUUUCAUUGGAUGGAUGGAAGAAUGUUGCAAAGCAAAAUAUUUUAGAUUUCGUAUUAACAAGAUCAGAUGGUCAAGUAUUAAUUUGGGGAGCUGAAGAUAUAAGCUGUCAAAGGUCACAUACUGAAGCUGUUGUACAAAAAAUAAGUGAAUUUAUAAAUACUACUAGAAUAAAGAAUAUAAAAAUCAAUGGUUUAGUAACUGAUUCUGCAUCAGCUUACAAUGCAGCAAGAAAAAAAUUAAGAAGAAUAUAUAAAGAUAUUAUUUUCCUCCCAUGUUUUGCACACCAGACAAAUCUCUGUAUUGCUGACAUACUUAAAUCAUCAUCUGAAUUCCUUACUACCUCAAGAAAAGCUGAAGUGGUUGUUAGUUAUUUCAAUGCAUCAACUUUUUUUUUAGGUGAAUUACAUGAAGAACAAUUAAAAAUUUAUGGUAAUCAAUAUUCACUAGUAAAACCUGGAAAGACUAGAUGGAACUCAUAUUAUAUGUGUUACAAUUCAAUUUUGAAAAAUAAAAGAGCAUUAAGGGUGGGUAGAAAUGAACUUGGAGAUGUCACAGUUGUCAAUGAUGAUUCUGUUACUAAUCAACAAAAUAAUGUUAUUAUGGCAAAUCGUGUAUUAUCAAUUUUAGAGGAUCCAGAAUUCUGGGGUAAAUUGGCAGAAUUAGAAGCUCUUUUUUAUCCAUAUUAUCUAGCACUUAACACUUUACAAAAAAAUAAAGCAUGUCUGUUUGAAGUUUUACACUGUUUUGGUUAUUUUAUGGAGCAAACUUUAUCUAAUCCUGAUGAUGAUUUCAAAGAUAAUAUGGUUUUAAGAUUGGAGAAAAGAUGGUUUGCCUGGGAGCAGCCACUUCUUUUACUUUCUUUUUAUCUACACCCAUUAUACAAAUUGGAAUUGAUUUCUAGAUCUGAAAAUAUUACUUCAUCUAAACUUUCUCAAUGGAUUUAUUAUUAUUUUGUAAAAUGGUUUGAUGAAGAACCUGACACAAUAGUGCAAGAAUUGUUAGCAUACAAGAAUAUGAAAUAUCCAUUUAAUGAUCCAUUACUUAAAAAAUUGGAAAAUAUUCCUUUAGACUAUUGGA